GCCGGCGUCCCGGCGCGGGGGGUUCGGAGCGGCGGCGCCCCGCAGGUGCCCCGGGAAUGCCGCCGGCGAGGGCUCCGGGUGGGGCCAGGCCUGCCAGCCCCUGCGGCUUCCCGCCGGCCCUGCGGCGGUGGCUGCCCCUCCUGGCCUGGCUGCCCCGCUACUCCGCGCAGUGGCUGAGGAUGGACGUCAUCGCCGGGCUCUCCGUGGCGCUCACCGUCCUCCCCCAGGCGCUGGCCUACGCUGAGGUGGCGGGACUCCCGCCCCAGUACGGCCUCUACUCUGCCUUCAUGGGAUGCUUCGUGUAUUUCUUCCUGGGCACCUCCCGCGACGUGACCCUGGGCCCCACGGCCAUCAUGUCCCUGCUGGUGUCCUUUUACACCUUCCACGAGCCCGCCUACGCCGUGCUGCUGGCCUUCCUGUCUGGCUGCAUCCAGCUGGCCAUGGGCUUCCUCCGCCUGGGGUUUCUGCUCGACUUCGUCUCCUGCCCUGUCAUUAAAGGCUUCACCUCUGCUGCAGCGGUCACCAUCGGCGUUGGGCAGGUCAAGAACCUUCUGGGACUACGGGACAUCCCCAGGCAGUUUUUCCUGCAGGUCUAUCACAUUUUCCUCAGGAUUGGAGACACCAGGGUGGGGGACGCCGUCCUGGGCCUGGCCUGCAUGGCGCUGCUGCUCUCGCUGAAGCUGAUGCGGAACCGCACGCCCCCCGCCCGCCCCGGGAUGCCCCUCGGGGUACGGCUCAGCCUCGGGCUGGUGUGGACGGUCACCACAGCCCGCAAUGCCCUGGUGGUGUCCUUCGCGGCUCUGAUGGCGUACUCCUUCGAGGUGACCGGAUCCCAGCCUUUCGUUCUAACGGGGCACACAGCUGGGGGCCUCCCUCCAGUGCAGCUCCCUCCUUUCUCCGUGACCACCGCCAAUGGGACGGUCUCGUUCGCCGAGAUGGUGCAGGGCAUGGGGGCCGGGCUGGCUGUGGUGCCCCUCGUGGGUCUCCUGGAGAGCGUUGCUGUGGCCAAGGCCUUUGCCUCACAGAGCAGCUACCGCAUCGACACCAACCAGGAGCUGCUGGCCAUAGGUGAGCCGCCCGCGGGCUGGGCCUCCUCAUCGCUCUAGUCACACUGGGCCUGCGGCGCUCACGGUGGGCUGGGGGCCUCGGGAAAUGAGCCUGGACUGAACCCC